AAAAAAAAACCCCUACAAAACAAAAUUAAAAAAUUUUAAAAAUGGAGCAAAUACCAAAACAAAGAUCAAAUGUUCAGCGUCUUUAACUAAUAAAGCCAAAUGCAACAGCUCUUCAUUAAAUUAUCUGAUAAUCAUCACUACUUCAGGGUUUCUGACUUGCAACUGAAACAACUUCUGACUUCUGAGGCUAAAAAUAAAAGCGUGCUCGAGGUCGACAGAUCGCAACAAGGCAAAGAAACAGAUUUUAAUUUAAUCAACUUCAUCAAACAUUUAAACCAGCGUUUUAAAAACUACAAAUGUGAACACCAGGCUCCAUGACAGUGUGGUCGUUGCGCUGUGGGAAGAAACAGCUGGACAGAUGGAUGAAGUGGCUGCAGAGCAUUUCAUCUCACCACUUAAUAUUCCAGAUACGACACGCACCACAUUCCUGGUCAACAGGAAAUGAAAGAUCUGCAUCGCCACAAUGUCGACAGAGGAGCUAGCAAGUAAAAAACAAAAAGGAAACGGAAAACAAUCCCUGUAGAGAGUAUGACCUAUGACUGACUCACAGAUGGGAGAAAAUGUACUUUUUUCAUCCCAAACAGGAGAUUUUAGCUCCCUCUCCUGCUCCCUUUGCUCUAAUCCGCUAACACUCCCUCUAGUGUUGCAGAAUCUGAGAUAAAGACGCGCUGAUCUGUGAUUCAGUCCCUCAGAGCAGGACUCUGCAUCGAGCAUCUCCGUCUGGUUAUAAUGGAAGAGGCGAGCGAACACCAGCAGCGACGCUCAACACACUGGGAGGAUCGUCACACAGCGGAGUGUUUCCAUGCUUGACUUAAUGCUGUGAGCCUGUGGCUGGAAAAUAAAGCGAAACCAAACAGGAAGCUCUUCUUCGGUCGUCAUGGUGGUCACUGUCUACAACAUCUCGUCCACCUCGGCCAGGGUGACGUGGCCCGCCUCCCCCGCCUGCCUGGACACCUUCUACAGCGUCAUGUACGACCCCAACUGGAACAGCCUCAUCAUGGGCUACAAGCGCAAGAGCUUCAAGCACGAGGAGCGCAUCCCCGUCAGCCAGACUGCCACCUACCUGGGCAACCUGCUGCCCCAAACCGCCUACUUCCUGUGCGUGACGUGCCAGGCCGCCGACCCCGUCCGGGAGCAGUGCCAGGUGUUCAGCACGCCAAGCGAGAGCAGCGAGGGCCACGACCGGGCGGGCUGGGAGGUGGCGGUGGGCGUGUGGCUGACCUGCUGCCUGCUGCUGCUGGUCAUCGCCGGCGUCCUGCUGUGGGGCUGCCUCCACAACAUGUGCUCCCUGCCGGGCCGCGCCGCCGAGAGCCGCCCCGUGGUGACGGCCUCCGCCCGCCAGGACAUGUCCAGCUCGGGACACCUGUUCCAGGCCAGGAGGAGCAGCAGCGAGGAGAGCAUCAAGCGGGCCGCGGCCAUGCAGACGUCGCUGAUGCUGGCGCAGCCAGGCGGCCAUGUAAUUACCCCGGAGCAUGAGGGCUGAGCCGGCGCUGACAGAGAGCCGGCAUUAAUCGAGCGGAUUGAGGUCACCACAGUAUUGUUCCGCGCUCCCCACCGACCCCGGCCGAAUUAUCGCCAAACGUUUUACCCCGCUCAAUGAAAAUCCUAUUUGUGCUUACAGGGAUAUCGUCAUAGCAACCACUCAUAACAAGACUCUUUGAACCAUUUUAAGUGAGUUAAUUUAAACAUACAAGCUGAUACGGUGAAGAUGGUCAUUCUACUACAAAUAUUAAACUCAUAAAGGGUUUUUUCAGCUUUAACCUUCUAGAUUUUAACUUGGACUCUAGAUUUUUUUUUGCAGAGAGGAGUUUUUCCCUAAACAUUCUGCACACGACGUAAGAGACAUGAAACCCGGCACAACGUUUCCUUGAAUAAAGUUUCCUUUCCUUUAUAUUCUGUAGGAAUUUCAUUAGGGCUGGGCAAUAAAUAUAUUUAAUUGAGCAAUCAAAUAUUUACUUUUUGCAAAUGUCAUAUAUGGAAAAUCUGGAUUUUUUUUCUACGAAUGCACUUCUUAGAUUUUCACAGUUCAGUGACGUCAUCUUGUUUGACAAACAUGUUUUACAGCUUUUAUUUAUCUGUACUUUGAAUUCAGGUCAACUGCACAGCCAAAGAUAAGAGUCGGGCAAAGAUUUUUUUUUUUUUUACAAAAAUAAAGUAAAUGCUACAAGAAUACAGUCGUAGUAAUAAGAGAAUAAAGUCAUAUAACAAUAAAGUCAGAAUAAUACAAGAAUAAAGUUAUUACCAGAAUGAAGUUGUAAUAUUAGGAAAACUCCAAGACAAAAAAAGUAAAUUAUUUGUCCAAGUUUUUCUUUUUCUUGGAUUAAUAAAAAAAAGUAUUUUCUUAUAAUUUUAAGAAAUUUUUCUGGUAAAAUUGUGUCUUUAUUCUGUUAAUUUUAUAACUAAAUUCUUGUAAUUAAACAGAAAUUCUUGCAGCCUGACCCUAAUACUGUGCUGUACAACUCGCAGAAAGAAUGACUGAAGUUAAAGACACUUACUGACAAUAUUUUCCAUCAUUUGCAAUUUAUUUUUUAGAAAAGAAAGCAAAGAGAAAAAGAAAGAUUAAAAUCAGAAAUCAGAUGUGGUUUGAAAAAUUUCUGAGGUUGUAUUUUUAAGCCAUCUGGCUCAGCCCUUCAUUUUAUUAUCAUGCAGUAAACAUUUAGCUUUAACAUGUCUUUACGCACAGCUGGUCAGGUCACGACAGACAAAAAAAAAAAAAAAUCUGUUGCUUAUGGAAUCCAAAGAAAUAAAGCGAGUCGUUCUCUGGGAGUGGUGAUAACAGAGGAAUGU